AUGUCACCAAGCUCGCUAGUAUACCCAUCCAGUGCAAUCCGUGACAAAGACAUCUGGCUCACUGCCAUCGCAGCCGAGGAAGUCACCGAUUAUCAUUCUAUCGACGCGAUGUGGCCCACCGGCGCAGACGAAUUCGUCUUUGGCGCUACCCUCGGCGUAGACGAAGCGCAACAGUCCGCGCAUGAUCAUCAACAGUUCCCUGGCGCUAUAUACCAUGUACUGGAAGAUGAAGAGCCAGCAUCGUCGUUUCUGUCGCAGUCUAUCCGUGAUACAGGGACGACCACGCCGGCUACUGACCUUUCCGCGUACGCUUUCGCCCCUCAUGAGCCUCCGGGUUUCUCUACGCCUAGAGACAACAUGCAUCCCACGGGGCAACAUUCGCCAUAUCUUGCUCCACCCACGAGCAGACCUGCUAUACCUCAGGUCCGUACCGCGUCCAAGAAAGAACCCAAGAAGACUACGAUAAGAGCGCCUAGCAAGGCCAACGGAGUGGCCAAGCCUUACCGACAUACAGCAGGCACAAACGUCCAGGCCAUCGCCAAUUAUGACUUUGGAACUGGCGAAAUCCAUCUUUCAACGUCUGCUAGUCCAUCGCACAGCGAUAUAUCACCGCAACUCACCAAAUCACUGUCGGACUCACUCGGACCGCGAAGUGACUCGCUGGGCCUGGCAGCAGCAAGCUUGGGCGCCGAGAAAGACAGUCGCAAUGACUUGUCAACACCGCACGUUGAAGCCGACGGAGAGAUCUCCGCAGCUAUACGUCUUCGAACGCCAAGCGAGUGUCAAGGAGGCAAGAAUCUUGCUCGAGCAUUGGGCUUCCUUGGAGGUAGAACCAGCCCGAUCGGCCCCGGCGUCUCAGGCUUUGACAUCACAUUCGCUGACCUUCUCGACGCGAGAAGCCGACACCCUGGCCAAGUCAUUGUACAUCGAAAUGCGCUUCUUGAUUCCGAAGACUACAACUCGGCAUUCGAAGAAGACGCACGGCUGAACCGAGAUCUCUGCAAUCAAGCUAUUUUAAAAUCCUCUGCGGAUACGUCACCGGAAGGCACCUACCUUCUCGAUCUUGGCGGCGGCUUCCAGAUCACAGUCCCGCUUGAUCCAAUAAUCGAAGCUACGUUCAAGCAAGGUGGUCAAGGCACCAUACCACCCGAGGGUCUCGUACGUAUCGCCACAGAGAUGAACGUCGACAUGAAAGACUACCGUGUCGAUGGUAAACCACACCCGGUGUACAGUAUGGGCGCCCCAAAGCAGGUCGAUAUCCGGCUCUUGGGCUCGAUACCUGUCACCAUAGUGGAGAUGGCCAUCUGGUUUCCUGCGCAUGGCUCACUCUGGCCGGACUGGACACAGCGAUUUGCUCGAAGUGGCUGGACGCAAAACAACAUCGCUGACUUGAUUAACCGCGCUUACAACACCGACGCCGUCGAAGGUGUCGGCCCAUCGACAAUCAGUCAGCAGACGAAUAAACAUGGUCGUGAAGCCCGUGAAUUGUUGGAAUCUUCUGGCCAGGGACAACAGCAGAUCACUGAAAGCGCGGCCCAUCCAGUAACGUCUUUCUCAUGCGAGAGCUGGACACCGCCUGGCGACGAAUACCAACUAGUCGACUAUUACGUCCGUGAUCUUGCGAACGGCGUCGACCGUGAUGACUUUCCUUCCGGUUCAGACAGGGGCCUUCUGACUCAAUUGAUCGAGUUUGUCGACGACAAUCUAGACGAGUGGGCUGAUCUCUUGCUCAGUGAUGUCCAGUUCAUCGAAGAUUCGGGUGGUUACUUCCAGACGACAAACCCGGCUUUCGGACCUGGGAUGGAGAACCCAGACGAGGAGGCGUUUCGCCGUCACAGGCUGCAAUUGAAACAAUAUCGCAAGACGAUGGCGGAUUAUCGCAUCCAGCAAAAGAAGGACAAAGCAAAAUUCGCGAUUGGGAGCCAAGACCAGGCUUAA